AUGACAAUGUCAAAUUGGCUUAAGACUGCUAUUGAACAAGUGUAUAUUAGGUUAUUUGAGUUUGAUUCUUUCGAGAAUUUACAAACUAUCGAGAGAGGUGGAUUUGGAACUGUAUCAAGUGCUUAUUCAAAAAAUUUUGAUCAAAUUGUAGCUUUAAAGAGCUUACAUAAUUCUUUUGAUGACGAUCAGAAUGAUCAGAAUAAUAAUUUUAUUAGAGAAAUUAAAAACAUUACUAAAGUUAAUCAACAUGAUCAUAUAAUACGAUUUCUUGGAAUCACCCAAGAUCCUAAAACUGAAACCUACUACAUGAUUUUUCAAUUCGCAAAUAAUGGUGACCUUCGAAGUUAUUUACGUAAUCAUUUUUCGGAAUUGGAUUGGCCAACUAAAAUUAGAAUGGCUGAAGAAAUUUCUAGUGGAGUUAAUUAUUUGCAUAGUUCUGAUAUUGUACAUCGCGACCUUCAUGAUAAAAAUAUAUUAGUGCAUGAUAAUAGACUAUUAAUUACUGAUUUUGGUUUAGCUAAAUCAUUAGGAAACAAUGCUAAGUCUAUAUCUAUUAUUGCCGGAAUAUGUGCUUAUUCUGACCCACUUUAUCUUCAAAGUCCAUUGUUAUAUAAACGAAGCAAACCUUCUGAUAUUUAUAGUCUCGGCAUGCUUUUUUGGGAAUUAUCAACUGGCGUUCCUCCUUUUAAAAAUAUAGAAGACGUUAAAGAAUUAACAUUACAUAUAAUCACUGGUAAAAGAGAAACACCAAUUGAUGGAACUCCUAUUGAUUUUGUAAAGCUUUACACUAAUGCUUGGAAUGGUGAUGCGGAUUUACGCCCUAACAUAAAUGAAAUCCGCCAUAAAUUAAAACAGAUUCAAAUAGAAAAAGUUUAUCAUAAUGAACAAGAUUUUAAUAGUGAACAAGAUUUCAAUCAUG